CUUUCCAAUCUUUUGUGGUGUCCACAUGUCAUCAUGUCAUGAUGCAUCGGUAUCCGGUGUACAUGUACAUGUACAGGCUUUUUUUCUUUUCCUUUCCCCACACAUCACCAUCGUAUUCCUACUUCUUCGGGAAAAUAAAGCGAUGUGUUGUUUGAUUUGCUCUUUAUUCUCUGUAAUCAAAGAGGCUGGGCAGAUCAAAAAAAAAUUUUUUUUUGUCUACCUUACACGUAUUCUUCUCCAUGUUGUACAUGUUCAUGUAGCUUGAAACUGACAGUGG